GAAUCCACUGACCCAUCGAACCACCUCCACCCCCCCCCCCCCAGAGGUCGGACCCCACGCGCUCCGUUAUCUAUUCUAUCAGACGUCUGAGGCUAGGUGCGUUGGAGACGCUCACUCGGCGACUGGUGAUCGUCGUGGUCACAUCUCUUCGACUUCUCGUCUUUUCCUUUAUCAUCAGAGAGACCUUUGGUGGUCUCGGUUGGAGCUCUGGUGAUCUUCUAAGAAUCCCAGGAAGCUCUGGUGAUCCUGGUGACCCGUGGUGACCCAGGUGACCCGAGUGACAUCCUGAGGACCUCUGGUGACCUUGGUGACCUUUCGGUAGCCUCUGGUAACCUCAGACGAACCCCGGUAACAUUCAGUUACCUCUAAUGACCUCUUGUAAUCCUUGUAUCCUUCAGUAACCUUCAUCAACCCUGACCUUUCACUGACCCCAGUGACCUUUCCGUGACCCCUUGACCCUUCCUAACCCCACCAUGGCGUCUGUUCGACCCAAGACAGUGCCGGAGCCCGAGUCACCCUAUCCAACAUUUGCUGCUGGUACUAUGAAGAAGUACUACUCGUUUUUGGAUAACGUAUGGAGCAAGCUGCCUGCCUGGGCAGGACCGAGUGUGGCUUCAGCACUGGUUCUGCUCAUGGGACUGACUAUCAGAGCUGAAUGGCUGAUGAUUCUGGUCCACUUCCUCAAAUGGACCAGCCCUGGGAACGGCACCGUCACCUCAGCUGCCGCCGCCGCUGCUGGAAGCAUCACCUUCGACGAGUGGCUGAACGUCAGAUUUGCCGGCUUCACUAACGUGUGGCUGAUCGCAUCCUUUGUGGGAUACGCCAUCUACUUUGGCGUCGGAGGAUUCCUGCACUGGUACUACUACCGUCUUCGGCGGGAAUCGGCCCACGAAUGGAAGUGUCAACCCGAUAAAUGGCUGCCGCCGGAUCUGGAAUGGCACGAGAUCAAAAUCGGAUCCAUCUCACUCUUCAUUGGUAACACACUCUCUGCAGCCCUGGUAAUUUGGAUCCUCAAUGACGGCUACAGCACAGUGUAUUAUAACAUCUCAGAUUACGGGUGGACGUGGUUCCUUCUCAGCUGGCCACUGAUCUUCUGCUACCAGGACUAUCUCACCUACCUAACCCACCGGCUCUACCACACGCCCUUCCUCUACAAACACUUCCACAAACUACACCACACCUACAAACAGCCGACGGCGUUCAGUGUCACCGCCAUUCAUCCCUUCGAGUUUGUACAUGUGCAGGCGAUCCUCGUCAGCCCAAUGUUCUUCAUGCCGGUGCAUUGGGUGACAAUGACGGUCUUGAUGCUGUACAUCUACUACCACGGCAUCGUCGACCACUCGGGUAUCAACUUCAAGGCGCACUGGUGGCAACCAUGGCAACCGGAUUGUUUGUUCCAUGAUAAUCAUCAUCAGUACUUCCAUGUCAACUUUGGGUUCAACGCCUUCGCCUGGGACAAGAUCCACGGCACCUACCGUCGCAAGGACCGCAUUUACCGGGAGGACAUCUACUACGGAAAGGGAAAGGAACUGGAAAAAUGCACUGAAGAGGAGCUCUCCGAAGAAAUGAGCGAGCGAACCUCGGAAAACGUGGCAGCUUACCAGAGCGAGGCCGACAAGCAAGAGAUGGUUCAGACGGUGCAGAAACGGAUGAAGAAGCCAGCUGGCCAAUGACGUAAUAUGACGUCAUUGGGGGAAAGGUGGAAUAGGACAGAAGGGACGAGGUCGGGGGAUGGUUUUGUUGUGUGGCAUCUGCUGGAGAACCUAUGGACGAAGAUGUGUCUUAGCCCGCUUACUUACUAAGGGCUGUGGAAUUGUUUGACCUACUCCUUAUGACUACAACUAGAAAUAUUUAUGAUGUUUAUCCUGGACCUUUACACCGUUUUGUAGAAUGGUUCUGCUUGUUUAUAGAGUUAAUCAUUGUUGUAAUUCGGCAUUAGACCGAUCCUUUUACCUAACGGCUGAACAAUAAGACGCGACUAUAGUCAUGUUUUAGCACUUAAAUACUUGAUUAUCAAUGCUUGAACCGGUUAUUUAUGAGGAAAAAUAGUAUAUUUAGAAGCGAAACGUCUCCGCAAAACUGAUUAUUCAUGAGUGAAGCCUGAUCUUGUCUGUUAUGAUGUACCGUAUUCUAAUUUGUUGAACGUGUUGUGAUGCCUGAUAAAUAUACAGGGUGUCCCAUAA